UGAGUUUCCUCUGUGAUGAGCUUUGCUUUGUUUUCCCAGAUUUGUUGAAGACAACAUGAAAAUGAAGUUGAUUUUCAGACUCCCUCUCUUUCUUCUUCUUCUUCUUCUUCUGCAGUGUGCAGAACAGAUGUCAGGUGUGACGAUCGAGUCCGACCCUGCAGUGAGCCGUGACGGUGUCAUACAGACGGAGCUGGAGAAGGUUGUGUCUCUGCUGUGUCUGCCUGGAAACAGAUCUGAGGCUGAGGCUGAGGCUGAGGCUGAGGCUGAGCUGGUGUGGCUGAGGAACGAUCAGCUGGUCCGUCUGACGGAGGAGAACAGGAAGGAUCAGAGCAGAGUGUGCGUUACACCCGUCAUCUAUGACGAUAACGGGGCCAAUUUCACCUGCUUCCUGAGCGGCAAUGACACAGUCAGAGCCUCGGUCGUCCUCAACGUCACAUUUCCUCCACAGCUCUCGGGGUCAGAGCAGGUUCUGGUGGAGGACAUGGACGAUCUGGUCCUGCGCUGUGAUAUCUGGGCCAAUCCAGCCAUCUCCUCUGUGCUGUGGACACUGAAUGGCACCGCGGUGGAUCUCACUGCAGGCCGCUUCACGCGCACCAAUGAUGGCUUCAGCAGCUGGCUGUCCACCUCAGGCGUGAAGAGAAGCCUGCAUGAGGGCACGUACCAGUGCACCGUGGUCUCCUCCAUGUACGGAGAACACAGCAAGAGCUUUCACGUGACAGUAACAGAGAAGACCAUUAAGUUCCCGCUGAUGCCCAUGAUCGCAGGCCUGGUGGUGGUUUGUCUCACCACGAUCCUCGCCGUGCUUUCUCGCUGGCACAAAAUCGUGAAGUGUGUCAAGUCGUGUCGUAAAUAGGUGUCCUUCUCCUUCUCCAUGAAGACGUCACACCUCUCUGAGACGGAGACACCUCUCUGUGGUGCCCACCUGUCCACGUUGUCUACGUUUGGAGAGCAGUUUUAUUUCUUUUAUUCUCUGUUUAAAAGUGAUGUUUGAUGGUGAUAUUUGUGUAAAACAUAAUGUCGUCUCUGCUCCAUGAAGUCCGUAAGACGUUUGUUUUUUAUGUAAUUAUAAGACAAAGUCAAUGCACAUUUUCUAAAUGCACGUAUGUCCAGUUACACUUUGCUCAUAAAAUCCACUGUUUGUCCAGAAA